AUGGCUGCUCCUACAACUGGAACCACUGAGAGCGAUAUGAAGACGUUUCGUGAUUUUCUCAUGCAAUACAACAACGUAACCGAGCAGUGUUUUGGUGCCUGUAUAAAUGAUAUGACGACAAGGACUGUAAGUGAAAAGGAAGAGAAAUGCAGUACGAACUGUCUGGACAAAUACCUGAAGAUGACCCAACGUGUCUCGUUACGCUUUCAAGAACAUCAACUUUUAUCUGCGGACAUUCAAGGUGCCAGUUUAACUCGAAGUUAG